UGCCGCACCAGAUAUGGCGCCGCCCGCCGGCGGGGCUGCAGCGGCUGCAAACCCUAGUUCGCCUGCGGUGCUCCUGGCAGUGCAGGCCGCGGUGAGACCGCUGGGCUCAGGGCACGACACCGAGGCGCAGCUACGGAGGCUGCAGUUAAGUGCCGACCCUGAGCGUCCUGGGCGCUUCCGGCUGGGGCUGUUGGGCACCGGGCCAGGGGCGGUCAGUUUAGAAUGGCCCUUGGAGUCCAUUUGCUAUACAGUACGUGGACCUAACCAACACGAGCUGCAGCCUCCGCCGGGAGGGCCUGGAACCUUCAGUGUGUACUUUCUCAACUCCCAGGAAGCACAGCAGUGGGCAGCACUGGUGCGAGAUGCCACCGCGGAGGGACAAAAUGGCAAUGGCAGCCAAGCCCCGGCCCCAGAAAUGUGCCCCCUUUCUCCACCAUGUUCUUCUGUGGCUCAAAUACCUAAAGCAACCCAACCUGAGGGGGAUCUUCCUCAAAGUUCUGGAAACUUGAAAAAAGAAGAGCUGGCUUCACGCCUGGCCCAGGCCAUUGCAGAUGGAGAUGAGAAAGAAGCAGCUCAUGUGGCAGCAAUCCUGGCACAGCAUCAUGUGGCUCUCAAUGUCCAGCUCAUGGAGGCCUGGUUCCCACCAGGUCCCAUCAGGUUGCAAGUCACAGUUGAAGAUGCCACAUCUGUUUUGUCCUCUGCAUCAUCUGCCCAUGUCUCACUGCAGAUCCACCCACACUGCUCCAUUGCAGCCCUCCAGGAAAAGGUGUUCUCAGAGUUCGGUUUCCCGCCAGCUGUGCAGCGCUGGGUUAUUGGGCGGUGCCUAUGUGUGCCUGAACGAAGCCUUGCUUCCUAUGGGGUCUCGCAAGAUGGGGACCCUGCUUUUCUCUACUUGCUCUCAGCCCCCCGAGAAGCUUCAGGACAUAGCCCUCAACAUUCCAAGAUGGAUGGGAAAUUAGGAUGCUUGUUUCCUCAGUCAUUGGAGCAGCCUCAUACCCUCCAGCCAACCAGUUCCAGUCUCCUAAAUCCCCCUCAGCCUGGCUGGUCUUGCCCUUCCUGCACCUUCAUCAAUGCCUCAAACCGCCCUGGCUGUGAGAUGUGUAGCACUCAAAGGCCCUGUACUUGGGAUCCCCUUACUACGGCCUCCACCUAGAAGACACCAAAGGUUAGAGACAAUGGCCCUCCUGUCACAGGCCCAGAUCCCUGAACCACCACCACCACUCAAAUGUCGCAGGGGACCUCUGCUUGUUGGGGACAGAGAUGCACUGUUAAGGAACCAGGGCCACAAGCCAGUAAUUAAAGACACACAAGAACCAGCCUGUGUCCUAGUCUUGGUGCAGAGCUGCACUAGUCCAGCUGCCUGGGAGCAAGGAAACAGAUUCUACCCCUCAGCUGCAGAUGGAGCUCCCCAAACCACAACCAGGAGACUACUCAAGAGUAGAUUUAGAUUAAAGUUCCAUAGUACGGUACAGAUCAUGGUACUAGGGUCUUUCCAGAGCCUUCAAGCCUACAGGGGCUCCUCAGACUGCUAAUCUGCCAGGAGUUCCUUUCACUAACCCUGGCCCUUUGCUGCCCUUCUUGAAUCCUAUAGUCCAAUCACUAUUUUCAGCUGUUUCAGCCAGUAGAAACCAGCAAUGGGACUGGGUAUUUCUCCUUCACCAAAGGGAUGCUUUAGCAUGGGGAGUCAUGCCUUUGUGAUCCUGACAACCAUCUGUCACCGCUCUUUAUGAACUGAAGUGCUGCCGCUUUAUGAAUCUAGUCGCGGCCAGUUUGGCCUAGAUGUACUACCUAACUGCCCUGGAGACUACUAGGUGUCAUUCCCUGAUAAAUACCAGACACUUCCACAUAUAUUUCCAGUACAACCCUUUUAUCUGUCCAGCCAAGACUAAGACAUCCCAGAUCCCCUUUGCCUGGCUACUCAACAUUUCUGAGAAUUUCCUCAUUCCCCGCCCCCCCAAGAUAGCACUGCUCCACCAGUGAUGCUGCUCUAGGUCUUCCUGAAGAUCUGAAGGCUCCCUGCUGCCAUCAGUGUGGAAGUGGGAACCCCUUUCUAGCUCUGCCAAGGCACAGCCACUCUGUUCAACAGUACAGUGCUGCUUUUUUGGAAAUAAAAUAUUUUGAGA